ACUCACAGGGCUACCCUGGACCCAGCAGGAGGCCCAUGGAGGCUGGGGCCACAGGCCACGGAGGACAAGGGUCAGACACCCCGGCCAUGGCUCGGGGCCAUUGAUCCAGGCCAGGCCAGCCGGGUGGGGGUGGGGAGACCUUGGCCUGGACAAACAGAGGCUCCCGAGGCCUGCACGUAGGCCCUGCAUCCAUUGCCGCUCCCAGAGGAUGCCCAUGGCCAAGGCCCCCCAGGCGGCUGGCGGGCAGGGCGACGGAGGCGAAGGCGAGGAGGCAGAGCCGGAGGGGAUGUUCAAGGGCCCUGAGGACUCCAAGAAGAAAGCCCGGGACUACCUCCGCCUGGCGCCCCUGUGGCUGGCCCUGGUCGCGCUGGCUUCGGUGGGGGUCCUGCUCUGGUAUUUUCUAGGGUACAAGGCGGAGGUGACGGUCAGCCAGGUGUACGCAGGCAGCCUCCGAGUGCUCAAUCACCACUUCUCCCAGGACCUUGCCCGCCGGGAGUCCAGUGCUUUCCGCAGUGAAACCGCCAAAGCACAGAAGAUGCUCAAGGAGCUCAUUGUCAGCACCCGUCUGGGUCCUUACUACAACUCCAGCUCUGUCUACUCCUUUGGGGAGGGGCCCCUCACCUGCUUCUUCUGGUUCAUCCUCCAAAUCCCCGAGCGCCGCCGGCCGCUGCUGAGCCCCGAAGUGGUGCAGGCGCUGCUAGUGGAGGAGCUGCUGUCCACGGCCAACGGCUCGGCCGCAGUGUCCUACAGAACCGAGUACGAGGCGGACCCCGAGGGGCUGGUGAUCCUCGAAGCCAGUGUGAAAGACAUAGUUGCACUGAAUUCCACGCUGGGCUGCUACCGCUACAGCUACGUGGGCCAGGGCCAGGUCCUCCGCCUGAAGGGGCCCGACCCCCUGGCCUCCAGCUGCCUGUGGCACCUGCAGGGCCCCGAGGAGUUCAUGCUCAAACUCCGGCUCGAGUGGACGCUGGCCGAGUGCCGGGACCGGCUGGCCAUGUACGACGUGGCCGGACCCCUGGAGAGGAGGCUCAUCACCUCGCUCUACGGCUGCAGCCGCCAGGAGCCAGUGGUAGAGGUCCUGGCGUCCGGUGCCGUCAUGGCGGUGGUCUGGAAGAAGGGCCUGCACAGCUACUACGACCCCUUCAUGCUCUCGGUGCAGCCCGUGGCCUUCCAGGCCUGCGAGGUGAACCUGACGCUGGAGGGCCGGCUGGACCUGCAGGGUGAACUCAGCACGCCGUACUUCCCCAGCUACUACUCGCCCAGCACCCACUGCUCCUGGCACCUUACGGUGCCGUCUCUGGACUACGGCCUGGCCCUCUGGUUUGAUGCCUACGCGCUGCGGAGGCAGAAGUAUGAUCUGCCGUGCACCCAGGGCCAGUGGAUGAUCCAGAACAGGAGGCUGUGUGGCCUGCGCACCCUGCAGCCCUACACCGAGAGGGUCCCCCUGGUGGCCUCGGCUGGCAUCACUAUCAACUUCACUUCCCAGAUCUCCCUCACUGGGCCCGGCGUGCAAGUGCACUACAGCCUGUACAACCAGUCGGACCCCUGCCCGGGAGAGUUCCUCUGCUCCGUGAACGGACUCUGUGUUCCUGCCUGUGACGGGAUCAAGGACUGCCCCAACGGCCUGGAUGAGAGAAACUGUGUCUGCAGAGCUGCAUUUCAGUGCCAAGAGGACAGCACAUGCAUCUCACUGUCCAGGGUCUGUGACCAGCAGCCUGACUGUCUCAAUGGGAGUGACGAGCAGCAGUGCCAGGAAGGGGUGCCCUGUGGGACUUUCACCUUCCAGUGUGAGGACCGCAGCUGCGUGAGGAAGCCCAACCCGCAGUGCGACGGGCGGCCCGACUGCAGGGACGGCUCGGACGAGUGGCACUGCGACUGUGGCCUCCAGGGCCUGUCCAGCCGCAUCGUGGGUGGGACCGUGUCCUCGGAGGGGGAGUGGCCGUGGCAGGCCAGCCUCCAGGUCCGGGGCCGACACAUCUGUGGGGGGGCCCUCAUCGCUGACCGCUGGGUGAUCACAGCUGCCCACUGCUUCCAGGAGGACAGCAUGGCCUCACCCGCACUGUGGACCGUAUUCCUGGGCAAGGUGUGGCAGAGCUCGCGCUGGCCAGGCGAGGUGUCCUUCAAGGUGAGCCGCCUGGUCCUGCACCCGUACCACGAGGAGGACAGCCACGACUACGACGUGGCCCUGCUGCAGCUCGACCACCCCGUGGUGCGCUCGGCCGCCGUGCGCCCCGUCUGCCUGCCCGCGCGCUCCCACUUUUUCGAGCCGGGCCUGCACUGCUGGAUCACGGGCUGGGGCGCCUUGCGCGAGGGCGGUCCCACCAGCAAUGCUCUGCAGAAGGUGGACGUGCAGCUGAUCUCGCAGGACCUGUGCAGCGAGGCCUACCGCUACCAGGUGACACCGCGCAUGCUUUGUGCCGGCUACCGCAAGGGCAAGAAGGAUGCCUGCCAGGGUGACUCAGGCGGUCCCCUGGUGUGCAAGGAGCCCAACGGUCGGUGGUUCCUGGUGGGACUGGUCAGCUGGGGCUUGGGCUGUGGCCGGCCCAACUACUUUGGUGUCUACACCCGCAUCACUGGUGUGAUUGGUUGGAUCCAGCAGGUGCUGACCUGAGGAGCUGCCCCCUUGCAAAGCUGGAGCCUGCUUCCUGGACUCUGCCAGCCCAGGGCACCCACUAGGCAGGGGGAACAAGUAUUCUUGGGAGGGGAGGACCCUGUGGGGGCAGGAGGUGGCAUCUUGUUUCCCACCUUGCUCCCGGACCGGGGGGUAGGCCUGUCUGCCACAGGGAGGGCACAAGGAGGGUGGAGUCAGGACAUCCCAAGGGCCCAGGACAGGGCAUUUGGGCCCAGACCUCUUGCCAUCCUCCCUCCAUGGCCUCUCACGUCUCCUGAUUCUCUUUCCUCCUCCCCCUUCCUCCACCCCUGUCUUUGAGGGGAAAGAGUUCAGCAGGGAUGCUGAUGGCCUUCAGGUCCCCACUGGGAGCCUCUGAGACCCCCACCCCCAAUCUCUAACACAGAGGCUGCUGGGGCAGCAAUGCUCCAGAGAGCAGAAUCCAGCCAGGAAAACCCCGGCUGACCUGGGGGGUGGGGUGGGGAUGCUCCCACAGGAGGCCCUUGGAGCCCUCGUGACAGUCAAGUGGGUCAGCUGCCACCAAAAGCCAAAGAGUGGGGGAGCCCUGGACCCAGGGUCCUCACCCACCUCUACCUGCCACCCGGGCCUCCACCAGAAUCCCACCUGGAGGUGAGCUCGCUCACCCUGUGGAAUAAAAUCGCCUGACCAGGGUCCUGCUGUGGAAUAAAAUCGCCUGACCAAGGUCCCGGACACCA